AUGCUCAUCAAUCGGAGUUGUUGCUUGAGCAGCACUGAUAUGCAUGAGCCAGACGCCAAGAUCCGUCUUCGCCAAGAGCAGCAGCUUCAGGACAAGCGAGACCUACCGGAACCUGCAACUUGCUCGUCCAAUGAUUCGUGUUCGUCUAGUCCUUCCAGUGUCAUUGAGCUCUUUCACCCGCAAAAACAAAAACAGCACAAGCUGCCGGUACCGGUACCAGUAAAGCAGCCGACUUGUGCACACGUGGACACUACCAAGUUGAAUGGUAUUAAGCGACGAGCUCGAGGCGUUGAUUCCCCCAAGAGAGCCGUGGACACCAAGAAUGUCUACGUUUCACACUUUACUGCUUCCUCCAACUCGGGAUCUUCCAGUGAGAUCGGUAGUAGUAGUAGUGCUAGUGCUGAUACUUCUAGUCACGGUGCCGGUAGCAAAAGUUCAGAGGACGAGAGAAAAGCCCCUACGUCUCUGGAAGCCUUCUUGCAGACGCUGCAUCAUGAUCCUGCAUGUACCAGUGCGCAACAUCACGUUCAAUGUCAUGCAUCAGUAGCAGACCAAGCUAAGAAUGCUUCGAAUGUAUUGCCACCCUUGGCUCAACCUUCCUCAGGGACCACAACUCCCAAGCCCACGGUUAUGCAGGGCUCUCAGCACAGACGCCAGAACACCAGUGAUAGUACGCAUUCGAAAGUGGCCGCUGUUGCGAGAGGAGCUUCCAUGGCAGCUCAGGAAGCCGCGGAUGAUCGACAGCAACCGCCCCCGACACAGACACAACCAUUGCCCGUCCUCGAUCGACCCGUGGCUUGUCCCCGACGGCAGCAGACGCUCGGGAGCGAUGCAUUUCCAGAUCUACUCGACGAAAUCAUCCAUGCAAAGCCAGAAAAGUCAGUGCCAUCCUCCACUACUACCAGUAACAAGGUAUCUCCCGCAAGAAUUGUACGACCCAAACCGCCCCGUCAUGACAAACGAGCGGAUGCACGGGCCACCAUGCAAGUCAUGAAGCGCAGCGUUGUUGUACACAAACAGCAUCAGAAUGACAAUGACAACACCAACGAUUGCGAUAACAAACACAAGGCCACCAUUGAGAAUCGUGUUCACCUCGACCGGCCCGUCCCUCGCCCCGUACGACAGCCAACCGUCGAAAAGCCGUCCCCCAGCAGUACAGUCCAACCAGCCAUUUCCCUUACACCUGAAGCGCUUCUCGAACGCUUCAGUCAACACGUUAGCAAUACCGCCGAUGAUGAUGAUGAUGAUGAUGAUGAUGAUAACAACCAUGAUGCCAGGGAUGACGACGAUGAUACCAGCUUGGAUCCAGUCACAGCAUUCGAGACACCCCAGCGGCGACCGACCAGAAACUACAAGUCGACCACCCCAACCCCUCAUCCCACGCUACACACCCCGGCCAUCAAUGCUUGGCUCAACAUGCCCCAGCAACCCACUCAACAAGAACGAUGGUCCAACUCGGAGCCCAUCUUGAACGUCAGACAAAGCGAAUUGUUGCUAAACGACAACAGCAACAGUGAACGAACCUUUGCCGGAGAGGACGACGAUGAAAACCAAUUGCCGACGCCACUGCAAGUGGCGCUCGUACAACAGGCCCAAGCUACCUCUCUCAUGACAUACUGCGACCCUUCAGAGGAAGAUGAUACCACAGCCAACGAUACCUCUUGUGACGAUCGAAUGUUCCAAGCGUGGCUCAAAAUGCCCCCUCGAGUGUGCACCACACACCCAGGAGAAGAAGAUUCAUCCAGUAUUCCCUUGUAUUUUACCAACAACACCACGGAAGAAAAGUGGCUCGCUACUGCUGCUGCUCCCAUUCAACCACAGCAGCAAAAAGCCACCAUUGCCACUGCCGCCAGCACUCCAAAAACAACAACACAAGGAGCAAUGGCCACCCCAAAGAACCAGUUUUGCGCCAGAACACCCACCUCCAUCCACCCUGAUCCCGACAUUUGCUUGGAUAUCUCAGCUAUUGAAAUGUCAAUGGAUCUUUCGCUGCCGUCCUUCUUUUCGGACUGUCGUGGGUACAUCAAUGACAACAUGGACACGUUGAUGAUGCAACAACAGCACACGGCACCAACACCCCUGAGCAACAGAAGUCACAACAACACUUCUUCUGUUACCACUACUACAAAGCCUAGUAAUACCCAAGCCGAGUUGCAGCGACGCAUGUCUUUGCCUCCGUUGCAACCUCAUCGACGAAAGCCCAGUCUGCAUGUAGACGACAAGGACCACAACGAUAACGACAGCCCCAUUCAAGCCUUGUGGGCGUCCAUGCCCACGAUGUCACAUAAUUCCAGCAAUAACAGUAGCCGAAGCACAACUCCGAGACCACCCAAGCAGCAACAACGAGAUUUGAGAGCAUCUUGGCCUUCCAUUGGAGGAGGAGGAUUGCUUGCUGGCGAUGAUGAGUGUGUCCAUGUACCGCCGAUCAGUCGAUUGGUUCGUCACGACGACAACGAGUGUCCCUUGCCGUCAUCCACUACAACUGCCACGGCCAAAACGACCGAAUCCGCUGUAGAGCAUCCUACCAAGCCGCCGCAACUGCCUUCUCCCACUCGUCGUCGAGCAUCCAUGCCGCCCUUGCAACCACACCGACGCAAACCAAGCUUGCAUUUGGAAGAUCUCGAUGCGGGAUCAUCAAUGUCCUCCUCUUCGGAAAAGUCCAAUGACGACUACAAGGUGCACAACCCUUUCACGGCGGCCAUGUGGGCAUCUUUGCCAGUCAUAUCAUCAACAACGAUAACGAAGCCUUCAUCCUUGCCUCCUGCAAUGCCCCAUCGUCGCAAGCCCAGUCUCACUAUAUUGGAGGAUGGUCAAGAAGGAAUGAUUGAAAUGUGGCUGUCCUCCCAUCACAAAGCAAUGGACCGACCUUGCAUUGCCGCCGACACUCCCCCGUUGAGUCCUGGAGGCGUAUCGUUGGCCUCCUCAUCAGCAUCACCAACAAGAAUUCAUCAUAAUCAUCGCAGAAAUGACAGCUUUGCCUGUGAGAGCGUUUGCAGCAUUGUCUUGAAGGAAGGCGAAGUAGAAAUCUAG